ACGUAAUCAAUACAUUCGGUUUAUAAAUAAUGAAAAACGUAAAAAAAGAGUCUUUGACAUAACCCAUAACCCAACUUUUUUGACACAAAUUGUCAAUUUAUUUAAAUUUUGGUGGUUUAAUUAAAUUUUGAAAUGGUUACUUAAUUGUGGGACAAGCCAUUUUUUGGUUUUAAGGAUUAGGAGUAAAUAUCAAUGGAAAAAAUGACGGAACUGAAACACUCGCUGUACUUAUCUCAGCUGAAGGCCAUGCUGAAAAGAAAUCUUUUGUUAAAGAAAAGGGAUAAGCGAAAAACAACUGCGGAAGUAUUACUACCUUUGUACUCGUUGGCAAUUUUGAUUGUCAUUAAAGUAACCAUGCCAAAUCCAAAUUUACCUGAGAUGGAUACGCCCAGGGGCGAAGAAGAACUCUUGCAUAAUUUCGGUAAAGUAGAGUUGCAUACCAUAGCAGUCGUGCCCAAUACCUCUGAAAUAGUGUAUUUUCUAGAACAAAUUGAUAAUUUAUGGAGUUCAGUGAGACAAGGGAACGCAUCUAGAAUAAGUUGGGUUUUAUAUGCCACAGAAAAGGAAUUAAUGUCAGAAUAUUGGCAUAGGCCUAAAUCCAUUUCGAUAGCCGUACUAUUUGACAACGAGGAUCCACUUGACGGGCCACUUCAGUACGAAAUUCGGACGAACCCCUCUAUAAUUGGAACACCUCCUACGUCAAUUCUUUAUAGUUCGCCAUUAGCGUGCAGAGAUACCAAUAACAAAUGGUACAGUUAUGCGAGAGUGAUCCCAGCUAUGGAAGGGGGAGACAGUUGUCCCGUUAAUCAGUAUUACUUUUCUGGAUUUUUGGCCCUUCAAGCGCUAAUCGAUUACACCAGGAUAAAGAUUGAUACGAAUUCAGACCUUAAAGUGCCUCAAUUACUACUGGAAAUGCUUCCUAAAGCGGCCCAUACCGGAAAUUGGAUGUUUUUAAUUCGAAUCAUUAUUCCCAUUUACAUGGUUAUGGCGCUAUCACAAUUCAUCGCCUAUCUGUUGAUUUUGAUUGUGGGUGAAAAGGAGAAAAAGAUCAAAGAGGGGAUGAAGAUCAUGGGACUAAAAGAUUCCGUGUUUUGGUUAUCAUGGUUUAUUAUUUAUGGAAUAUUUGUACUCUUCUUGUCGGCUGUGUGCGUUGUACUUUUAUACAGUUUGAAAGUAUUUACUAAUACCAAUUUUUUACUGAUAUUCGUAUUGAUCGUACUGUAUUGCUUUUCUAUAAUUAUGUUUGGGUUCAUGAUAACGCCGUUCUUUGAUAAAUCAGGGACCGCUGGAAUACUGAGUAAUUUUAUAGUCAUCAUAAUGAGCAUGUUUUAUUUUGUGCAAGUGUUCCUCAAAGAAUCGAAUCCCAUCGCCUUGUGGUUCUUAUCGUUGAUAAGUCCAUCUGGAUUCGCUCUGGCUAUAGAUAAUGCCAUCGUUAUGGAUUUAUCCGGCGAAGGAGUAAAUAUUAGUAACAUUUGGUCUGGACCUGGUGUCCCGUUCGGUGGUAGCGUUAUAAUGAUGGCAUUUGAUAUUGUUAUAUACGGAUUACUAGCAUAUUAUUUAGAUAGUAUAGUACCCAGUGAAUACGGUGUAAAAAGAUCGCCAUUAUUUUGUUUCAAACUAGCUUUUUGGUUUCCAAAGAAAACUGUGCAGAAGGUCCCACUUGCAAACGGUGAAAGUUCCGAACAUUCCCUAAAUAAUACGGAUUAUACGUUAGACGUCGAACCAGUUCCUAGAGAAAUGCGGGGCAGAGAAGCAAUAAAAAUUGUUGAUCUCUAUAAAACAUUCCAGCAUUGUCAGAAACCAGAAGUGAAAGCCGUGAAUGGAAUUAACUUAACCAUAUACGAAGGUCACAUAACGGCGAUAUUGGGUCACAACGGUGCCGGGAAGACGACUUUGUUUAAUAUACUAACGGGUUUAACUGCCCCUACGAGCGGUACAGCAUAUAUUUUCGGAAACGACGUUAGAGACCCCAACGAUAUGGAUCGAAUCAGACGGAUGACGGGCGUGUGCCCGCAACACGACAUUUUAUUCGAUAAUUUGUCGCCUAGAGAGCAUUUGGAAUUUUUCGCCGCCGUCAAAGGCAUACAUCCCUCGCUCAUAGAGUUCGAGGUGAUGAAAACCCUAAGGGACAUCGAUCUGACAGACAAAGCAAACUCGUCUAGCAAACAUUUAAGCGGCGGUCAAAAGCGCAAACUGUCAAUUGGUAUCGCAAUAAUAGGAGAUCCUAAAAUUAUUAUAUUAGACGAACCCACUGCCGGAGUUGACCCUUAUUCAAGAAGACACAUGUGGUCUGUAUUGCAAAAUAAACGUCACGGACGAGUCAUUUUGCUUACUACGCAUUUCAUGGACGAGGCCGAUAUUUUAGCCGAUAGAAAAGCGGUAGUGUCCAAGGGCAACAUCAGAUGUUGCGGAAGCUCGCUAUUUUUGAAAAACAAAUUCGGCAUCGGUUACCAUUUGACAUUGGUAUUGGAAGGGCACUGUAAGGAACACGCUAUCAACAAACUGGUUACCACGCAUGUACCGAAGGCGGAAAAAGCCAGAAGACAUGGCAGAGAAUUGAGUUUUAUACUACCUCAUAACGCCGUAUCAAACUUCGCUUCUUUAUUUUCGGCGAUAGAACAAGAGAUUAAUAAUAAAAGUAGCAAAUUAGGUAUUUCAAGUUAUGGAGUAUCCAUGACGACUUUAGAAGAAGUGUUUCUACAUUUAGAAAGAGACGAAGAGGCGGAGGAAGACACCGUUGACAAUCUAUCGAAGAAAAUCGUACGAAAUAGAGCUUUAAGUCGAAGUCUGAGCUUACAAAAUAAGAGUACCAGUUAUCAGUCGUUGCAAAACGAAAGUAACAAUGCGCUCAUACCAGACGCCAAAGGUGCAGGUGAUUUUGGUAGGAGCGACUCCAUAACGCCCACCAAAGGCAUCGGUUUGGAAUCGGUGGAAUGUCGACCGAAUUGGUUCCAAACAUUGCUCGCUCUUCUAAGGUUACGCAUCCUUCGACUGAGACGCGAUAUUAAGAAGCUGUACUUUAUGAUUUUUUUACCGCUAGGUUUAGCCAUACUGGGUCUAUUGAUCAACAGCCUCGAAACCGGUCAGAUUAAAACCAAAUCGUUGACGUUGAACAUGACCACUUACCCGAGAUUGCCGAUAGCCGUGCACAACGGGUCCGAUGCCAAUUUAGAUGAUUUUCUUAUUCAAUUACUGGAUUUGGGAGCCACGUCUUUGGACGAGUACGACGGGAAUUUUUCGUCGUUGUUGAGCAUAUCGCCUCACAUGCUGGCAUUGAAUAUCAACCGGUUCGAAUAUCCUGAUUACAGUAUAACCGUUCUGUACAAUGACACUGAACAACACAGUUUGCCUAUCGCCGUUAAUUUAAUUAACAACGCUUUCUACAGACUAAUGAGCGAUAAUAAUGUACUAGAAAAUGAUAAAUGGAGUCCCAUGGAAGUACGGGCGCAACCAUUUCAGCAAACGUCGAGUGAUUUUAGCGUCGGAAUGGGCACUGCUACGUUCACAAUGGGCAUGAUAUUUGCCCUAAUCCCGGUGACCUUGGCUACCGAUAUGGUUUAUGACAGAGAAAUCAAAGGAAAAAACCAACUACGUGUGAACGGUCUCUCGUUUUUCUUGUAUUUCAUAAGCUACUUUAUAGUAUUGGCAGCGUUGAUGGCCUUUAUGUGUGGUAUAUUACUUCUCAUAGUAUUGCUGUUCAAAACGCCAUCUUUAUCCUCCUGGCCUGCGCUGACGACGAUAGGCGUACUAAUAAUGUUUUACUGUCCGUCGUCGAUUUUAUUCAGUACCUGUGUUAGUUAUAUUUUCGACAAGGCCGAAUCAGCCCAAUCUAUUAUGUCGAACGUUGCUACUCUACUCGGUUGGGUGCCUUUUAUAUUGGUCAUGAUUCUCGAUGGCAACGCAGCCCUUUCAGUUCAUAUCGUAAUGUCGCUGUUGAACACCAUGUACCUUCCGUACGCAAUCAUCUACUUCGUGCAACGGGUGGAUUUGGCGUGCAAAAGCAAUUUCGGUUGCACAGAAUUGACGUUGUAUAAUUACAUGACUCCUGAAAUCGUCGUUAUGUUUAUCGGUCUAAUUUUACACAUCCCCUUUUGGUUUUUGAUCCUUCUCAUCGUCGACGUUAAAAAAAGCGGCGGUCGAGUCAGGGACGUUUUCAAGUUGAGUAAGAGCACCACUGAAAAUUUUAUGGAAGAUGCAAAUGAAGCGAGCGAUGUCGGCGAAAAUGAGGAUCAAGAUGUCAAAGCAGAAAGACAAAAGGUCAAAAAUUUAAUGCACAAUCAUAUUAUGAACCCUCCGGUCGUUAUGGUUGAGAACCUUCACAAAGAAUAUACUAACAAAGAUUUACGAUGCACUUGUUGCAUGUGCUGCAAGUCAGAGGAAGAGAUAGAACCAACAAAAAUAGCGGUAAAAUCGCUGUCGUUGGCUGUUGAUGCGGGCGAAGUAUUCGGACUGUUAGGACACAAUGGUGCUGGCAAAACGACUACGAUGAAAAUAAUUACGGCCGAGGAAGCGCCCACCAGAGGGCGGGUUCAAAUAGCAGGCAACAGCAUAACGUCAAACAUGAAUUCGGCCUUCCAAUUACUGGGCUACUGUCCCCAACACGACGCCCUGUGGAAGAACAUCACGGUGCGAGAACAUUUGGAAGUCUAUGCUUCCAUCAGGGGUGUGCCUUACAGCGAUAUAUCGCGUUUAGUCAAUUUAUAUUUGACGGGUCUGCAGAUCCACGAGCACGCAGACAAACAGACUCAUCAGUGCUCCGGCGGUACCCGGAGGAAGCUCAGUUUCGCCAUGUCGAUGGUGGGUAAUCCGAAAAUCGUGUUGCUGGAUGAACCGAGUACGGGUAUGGAUCCCAGGAGCAAGCGGUUCCUGUGGGAUACCGUUUUGGCCAGUUUUCAGGGCUCAAAAGGGGCUAUUUUAACGACGCAUUCGAUGGAAGAAGCGGACGCUCUCUGUUCGAGGGUGGGGAUAAUGGUGAAAGGAGAACUGAGGUGCCUCGGUUCCACCCAACACCUAAAAAAUCUUUACGGGGCCGGUUACACGUUAGAAAUGAAAUUGGGAGGCGGCGAUUUGACGCCGACUUCGGAGGCGGGCGACAGGAAUGACGAGCUAAGAGAAUUCAUAUCGUCCUUGUUCCCUGACGCGGCUCUGCAGGAGAGUUUCGCUGACAGAUUAGUAUUCAGCGUACCCCAACAAAGUGUUCCUUCUUUGGCGAAUUGUUUCAAACAGUUGGAAAAGGCUAAAGUUGAGUUGGAUAUCGAAGAAUACAGUUUUAGUCAAACGACGCUGGAACAGGUAUUUUUGAAGUUCGCCCACGAAGACGAAAACGAUGAAUAGGUCGAAGAAGAGAAUUGAAUAGUUAAAAAAAUAAACGAGUGUUUAUUAAAUUGUGAUCCUAACUUAAAUUAGCGUAUAUGCGUAAAAUAAAAUAUGGGACCGUUUUUUCAAUUUUUAUAACUUUUUUGUUGAAUGACGUUGAAGUUUUUUGUUGCUUUUGUUGUUGCUUUUAUUCGAAUACAGUGCGAAUGUUUAGUACGGAAGAAUACUUAACUUUUAUAUAAAUUGUAGAACGUUCUUUCCUUCUCCGAUUUUUUUUUAUUACAAAUUUGUCUUUUAUAUACGAACGUCGUAGUAUUUAUAGGUUUGUUCGUAUUUUUAGAUUUGCAUGUGAAAAAGGGUUCGAGACAUGUAUAUUAGAUUAAAAGUGUAUGUUUUCUGGAACAAAGUUCUUAACAAAGAGUUCUUUUUUCAGAACAAUUCUGAACUGUUUUAAAUAAAUCUAUGUGAUUGUGGCCAAAAUUGUGAUCCAACCAGAACCCGUUCUAGUCAGACAUGCGCAUUGCAGGCCAUUUUAAAAACAAAGAUUAAUCAGGAAACACCCGGGCAUGUCCGGAAUUUUGGCGUUUUGUCCGGAAUGCGCAGGGUUUUAUAAAUUGUCCGGAGGUAUAUUUAAAAUUCCGUAUAAAAAGUUCUUUUGGCAGUUAAAAUUAACGUUUUUUAAUUAUAUUAUAGGUUGGAGUUUUAAUAUUAUGUCCGGAUUUUUAAAGAAAUAUACGGAAUUUUAAUUAAGUUUGCUAGGAAAUUGUAUUUUUGAAUAUGGCCACCCUAGUUUAGAGGUUAUUUUAUAUUGCAAAUGACCUUAAAUAUUAAGAAAAUAUUGGAAAUUGACUGGCAAACAAAGAAGAGAAUGUGCUUUUUGGACGCCGGUGACGGACCUUUAAAUGAAAUUACAAUUCCUAAAGGGAAAACUCAUGUAUUUAUUUUUAAAAUUGACACUACUAAAAUCAGGUCACAUAAAAAGGAAGUUUAGGGUAUUUUACAUUUAAAUGUUGAAAUUUUUUGUCAAUGUCAGCUGUCAAUAAUGUUGAUGGGUAGAACAUAGGCGUAACCGUAGAUGGGCAUAACGUAAUUAGUGUUGUAUGUGGUUGUUUGAUGUAUGGAACUUGUACUUGUAGCAGCAGCAUUUUGUAUUUGACAAAAAGAGAUGAAACCAAAUAAAAAGGAAUAUUUAAAAAAUGCAAAAUAAAAACAAUACAGACACAAAUAGACUAAUGACAAUAAAAUAAUAAAGCGCAAUGUUUUGACAUGAUUGACAAAUUUGUUCAACACUUACAAAUGUAAAAUGCCCUAAACAAACGAGUUUUUUUGACAUUACAUGUGCACGGUAAAAUUGAUAAAAAAAAACAAAAAGUUAAUGAAAAAAUAUCAUACUUUUAACACGAUUUCUUAUGUCAUCAGUCUCAAUUUUAUUUUGUUAGUUUGAACCUAUGUUCAAAAUGUGCUUCUGAACAAAUAGUUCUGCGCAAUUUGUGUUUACUAUUUAUUUUAAAGAACACAAACAAACCUAUACAUUUCAAGCAACUAAAAAAUUUUGGUGUUUUUACGAUUGCUAUAUCUUACCACCUAUUUUUUUUCCGCCAUUACAUAACAGACACUGCUCAUAUUGGAUGUCACGACAAACUCUGAAAUGGAAAUCAAAUACGCUAUAUUAAUGAUGACUUAAUUUGUGUUCUACUGAUAAUUACAGUGAUAGUUUAUAAAAAUAAAGGUUAUAGGCUCGGUUAUAGUUACUCAUUAUAAUUUUAUUUCUAUUAUUUUCAAGAUUGUGAAUAGUUUUCAAAGAUAAUUUUAUAAUUAAUACUACAUGAUGGUUUUCAUGAGUCCGGCUCGAAGGACCAUGAAUAUAUUUCAAAGUUAAUUUUGUAAUUAAUACUACCAGAUGGUGUUCAUUAAUCUCUUUAUUUUUAAUUUGCACCUAAAUUUAUAAUAUCACAGAAUAAACAAUAAAAAAUAACAAUUAGCAUUAUUUAAUAAUUUAAAUGUUCAAUAAAAAAUAUUAUUUUAAUUUCGAAUAUACAUCGAACGUGAAGUGAAAUUGGAGCAAGUUUAUAGUAACUGCUUAUGAAAUAAACAAUUUAAAUAAAAUAAUUUAUUUCAUAUACAGGAUGUUAAUUUGAUAUAUGUAUAUAAAGAAAAAUGUUCAAAUCUGAACAAUAUUGUAUUCACUUAAACAUUUAAAAUAAUUUGGUUACAUACCUUAAAAUGCUUUUUUAUGGCCUGCAAACAAUAUUUAACAAAAAUUAAAAACAUAUUUUAAUAUCAAUGACAUAUGUUAAAAGUUAAUUGUUGCAGUAGAACACAAAUUACGUCACACUAAUAUAGCUUAUAUACCUGAUUUUGAUUAGUGAUUAAAAAUGUAUAUACCUACUUUGUUGUUAAACAAGUCCUGAGCCAGUGUCAACUUUGUUUUAACAAAUACAGGUUGUUUCUAUUUCUUUGUUUAAUGACAUUUUGUAAUGAUAAAAAUACGGUUAAAAUAGGUGAUUUGUAAAAAAUAACAUUGAAUGUACAUUUAGGCGAGUUGGCGUAACCAGUUUAUAGUAACGACCAUUUUUAUUUAGCUGUUUUUUAUACAAAAAAAAAAACACUAUUAUGAUAUCUCAUUCGCUGUUAGGGAAGUGGAAUGUAGACUCGUUUUAAUAUUCGUUCCAUAUCCAACUUCAUCAGUCCAUAUACUUUCUUUUUUCUAUGGGCUUAAUCAACUUUUCCAUUUCACUUGGUAUUUAGUUUAAAAUCUUAUUUCAAAAUUUUGGAUAAUAAAUUGUCAGGGAAGCUAUAUACUUAGCCCAAAUAUAUUUUUUUUUUUUGUUUAGGGUUGUAAACAGAUCAACGCUUAUUAAUAAUAAUUAUAAAAUAUAAUUCUCACUUUUCAUUCGCUCUGUAUGAUGAAUCUAUACAUUAUAAUCUAGUCAGUUUACCAAAAAAUUAUUUGUUAAGAAUUAAUUAAUAUUUUUUGCUGUUAUUUAUUUAUACGAAUAUUACUUCAUUGCUGGGUAAUUUUAAGGCCUAACUCUUUGAUGUUUUUUAGUGUGGAUUAUUAUUUUCAAAAAAAGACAAAUAGUGCCUCUAUUAAAAUUGUAUAUUAUUGCUUGCAUUGUAUACAUUCUUUUGCAAAAACUAGGUAGGUACUCGAUAAUAAGAAAAAUCGUACUUGAAAAACUUGUUAAAAAUAAAUCCUAAUUUACACUCUGUAACAGAGCAACCUAUAGAUUUGGAAAUAAAUAUUACAUUCUUGAA